CUCAUCACUCUGAUCCUGCCAUCUUGCUGAUAUCACUCACCUUGGUCUUUUGACUGUGAUCUCAUUUGUCCUUUGGUGUUCUACCACAAUAUUGACCCUCCAUGUUCUUUGCAUUAUUAAUCCCAAGCAAUGCCUCAAAUGGGAUUGAAGGGAAAGAAUCAUUUGUGCAUCACAGAAGAAACACGACUUUAUGAAUGACACUGUGGACCCCAGGUGAUCUUUCUUUGGGGAAAGGUCAUUGGGGAGGAAUUCAUGACAGGGGUUUGUUACGUGCAUAGCGAGAAACCCAGUGUUUUGUUACAGUUGCCCAUUCCUCACACAAUUAUGCUUUUUUGUGCUUAUUGUUGAUACGUUGCCAACUAUUUAGUUCUAAUUAUGAUCAUUUCUACUUAGAUUCCCAGCUCACGGAUAACCUUAACCUCCCUGGACUUUGUACCUCUGCCUCUUUCACAGGUCUCUCUGUACUGCAAGCCAACAUUGGUCCAUGCAUGCAGCACUUUGGAGAGCACACGUGUUAUUAUAUUGAAGUUGUAUAUCCUGUGAUCUAAUAAAAUUAUUUUUUAUGGCUCUGAGCAGCUUAAAAUUAUUCCACACAGACUCACACGGUCAGAAUGUAAGGUCUUAAAGGAAGCCAUUUGUGCAAGAACAAUGAAUAGAGCCUUCCUCUCUUCUUUGUAUCGACUGAUAUGCUUCUGUCCCUCUCUUGGUUAGAUUUCUAGUAUCGACUGACGUUUGGGGCCAUGUUAUUUAUAAAAGCAAUAUCCUCCCUGUCUAAGUCACUCAUCUUGAAAAUCAUUCUAUGCAAUCAUGCCUAGUCAUGACUGUUAAUCAUUUGUGGUGAAGAUAUUCUGUUUUCAUAAGGUCAACAUGUACCUCACCAGCAUUUCCUUUUAUACAGGUUGCUGUUGUGGAGCAGAGAAUGUUGAGGCACUGACUGAGCAGAACGUUUCUGUUAAAGUGUCACAGGCAAGAAAUGUCAAGGUAGCCUUGUCUUCCCAGAAGAGCCACCCCUGUGAGAGUUGUGGGCCCGUCUUGGGAAACAUUUUCCACGUGAUGGAGCUGCAGGGAACGCAACACGGACAGAUACUGUUGAGGUGUGGUUCGUGUGCAAAACGGUUUUACUUCAGUGUUAAAUUUCAUCAGCAGCAUGUGAGAGAGAAGACUUUCAUUAGAGGUGUGGACAGGAUCUCACUUGCAAACAGCUGCAAUUUCAAAGUGUCCCAGAAUCGUUUCACCUGCAGAAAAGUUGGGCAGGGUUUCCUUACCAGAUCAGGAAGUCUCCACCUAACGGCUCCUCAGACCAUGGACAGUCCCAAUGCUAUUUCAACACGUGGAACGAUGUUUCAAAGGAGAGAAAAUGGUUACACCAGGAAUGAAUGUAAGGAUGACAUUAGUUGCACCCACAUGUUUAUUCAGGAAAACAGUGUCCAUGUUGGAAAUCGAUGUUUUGUGUGCUCUGAAUGUGGAAAAUCUUUUACAACUAACUCUCACCUUCAUAAUCAUCAGAGAGUUCAUACGGGAGAAAAGCCUUAUAAAUGCUGUGAAUGUGGAAAGUCUUUUACACAUAGCAUUGGUCUCCAGUAUCAUCAGAGAGUUCACACAAAUGCUGUGAGUGGAAAGUCUUUUACACAUAGCAUUGGUCUCCAGUAUCAUCAGAGAGUUCACACAGGAGAAAAGUCUUAUCAAUGCAGUGAAUGUGGAAAAACUUUUACAAGUACCAGAGGUCUCCAAUAUCAUCAGAGAGUUCACACUGGAGAAAAGCCUUAUCAAUGCAGUGAAUGUGGAAAAACUUUUACAAAUACCAGAGGUCUCCAAUAUCAUCAGAGAGUUCACACUGGAGAAAAGCCUUAUCAAUGCAGUGAAUGUGGAAAAACUUUUACAAGUACCAGAGGUCUCCAAUAUCAUCAGAGAGUUCACACUGGAGAAAAGCCUUAUCAAUGCAGUGAAUGUGGAAAAACUUUUACAAGUACCAGAGGUCUCCAAUAUCAUCAGAGAGUUCACACUGGAGAAAAGCCUUAUCAAUGCAGUGAAUGUGGAAAAACUUUUACAAGUACCAGAGGUCUCCAGUAUCAUCAGAGAGUUCACACGGGAGAAAAACCUUAUAAAUGCAGUGCAUGUGGCAAAUGUUUUAUUACUAAGACCCACCUUCGUAGUCAUCAGAAAGUUCAUACUGCAGAAAAGCUUUAUAAAUGUAGUGAAUGUGGGAAAUCUUUUAACACGUGCACUGAUCUUUGUCUUCAUCAGAGAGUUCACACUGGAGGAAAGCCUUAUAAAUGCUGUGAAUGUGGAAAGUCUUUUACACGUAGCAUUGGUCUCCAGUAUCAUCAGAGAGUUCACACAGGAGAAAAGCCUUAUCAAUGCAGUGAAUGUGGAAAAACUUUUAAAAAUGCCAGAAGUCUCCAAUAUCAUCAGACAGUUCACACUGGAGAAAAACCUUAUAAAUGCAGUGCAUGUGGGAAAUGUUUUAUUGCUAAGACUUACCUUCGUCGUCAUCAGAGAGUUCAUACUGGAGAAAAGCCCUAUAAAUGCAGUGACUGUGGAAAAUCUUUUACUGCUAGGUCUACGGUAAAAUAUCACCAGAGAAUUCACACUGGAGAAGAGCCUUAUAAAUGCAGGGAAUGUGGGAAAACUUUUUCAAGUAUCAAGGGUCUCCAGUAUCAUCAGAAAGUUCACACUGGAGAAAAACCUUAUAAAUGCAGUGCAUGUGGCAAAUGUUUUAUUACUAAGACCCACCUUCGUCGUCACCAGCGAGUUCAUACUGGAGAAGAGCCCUAUAAAUGCCGUGAAUGUGGGAAAUCUUUUAACACAUGCACUGAUCUUUGUCCUCAUCAGAGCAUUCACUCUGGAGAAAAGCCUUAUAAAUGCAGUAAAUGUGGAAAAUCUUUUAAACGUAGUGGUGGUCUCCAAUUGCAUCUCAGAGUGCACACUGAAGAAAGACCUUAUCUCAGCAGUGAAUGUGGGAAGUCUUUUAUCACUAGCUCUGAACUUCAUUGUCAUCAGAAAUAUACUGGGGAAAAUCUUUAUAAGUGCAGUGAAUGUGGAAAGUAUUUUAAAAGUCGCAGUGGUUUCCAAUAUCAUCAUCAGAGCGUUCACACAGGAGAAAAGCCUUAUCAAUGCAGUGAAUGUGGGAAAUGUUUUAUUACUAAGACCCACCUUCGUAUUCAUCAGAGAGUUCAUACUGGAGAAAAGCCUUAUAAAUGCAGUGCAUGUGGGAAAUGUUUUAUUACUAAGACCCAACUUUGUAUUCAUCAGAGAGUUCAUACUGGAGAAAAGCCUUACAAAUGCAGUGAAUGUGGGAAAUCUUUUAUCACUAAAAGCGACCUUCAGAGUCAUCAGCGAAUUCAUACAGGAGAAAAGCCUUAUAAAUGCAGUGAAUGUGGGAAAUCUUUUAUCACUAAAACCUGCCUUCGUAGUCAUCAGCGAGUUCAUACAGGAGAAAAGCGGGACCUCGUGACUGUGUGA